AUGGCCACGCUCCUCCGCAGCAAGCUUUCCAACGUGGCCACCUCCGUGUCCAACAAGUCCCAGGCGAAGAUGAGCGGCGUGUUCGCCAGGAUGGGCUUCCAGGCGGCCACCGACGAGGAGGCGGUGGGCUUCGCCCACUGCGACGACCUGGACAUGGAGCACCGGCAGGGGCUGCAGAUGGACAUCCUCAAGGGCGAGGGAGGCGAGGAGGGCGCCGAGCCGCCCCUGGAGGGGGACAUCCACUACCAGAGGGACGGCACCGGCCCCCUGCCGCCCUCCGCCUCCAAGGACGCGGGGGUCUGCUCCGAGCUCUCCGGGCAGGGCAAGCCCAAGAUCACGGCGUGGGAGGCGGGCUGGAAUGUCACCAACGCCAUCCAGGGGAUGUUUGUUCUGGGCCUGCCCUAUGCCAUCCUUCAUGGUGGAUACCUAGGACUCUUUUUAAUAAUUUUCGCUGCAGUGGUUUGCUGCUACACUGGGAAAAUCCUUAUUGCCUGUCUUUAUGAAGAGAAUGAGGAUGGGGAGAUAGUCAGGGUGAGAGACUCCUACGUGGACAUAGCCAACGCGUGCUGUGCGCCCCGCUUCCCCACGCUCGGAGGCAGAAUUGUGAACGUGGCUCAGAUCAUUGAACUGGUCAUGACCUGCAUCCUCUAUGUGGUGGUCAGUGGGAACCUGAUGUACAACAGCUUCCCCAACCUGCCUGUCUCCCAGAAGUCGUGGUCCAUCAUUGCCACGGCCGUGCUCCUGCCUUGUGCAUUCUUGAAAAACCUCAAGGCAGUCUCCAAGUUCAGCUUGCUCUGCACGUUGGCCCACUUUGUGAUCAACAUCCUGGUGAUCGCCUACUGCCUCUCCAGGGCACGCGACUGGGCGUGGGACAAAGUCAAGUUUUACAUUGAUGUGAAGAAAUUCCCCAUCUCCAUUGGCAUCAUCGUCUUCAGCUACACCUCUCAGAUCUUUCUGCCUUCCUUGGAGGGGAACAUGCAGAACCCCAAGGAGUUCCAUUGCAUGAUGAACUGGACUCACAUAGCAGCUUGCAUCCUUAAGGGACUCUUUGCCUUGGUCGCCUAUCUGACCUGGGCUGAUGAGACCAAGGAGGUCAUCACAGACAACUUGCCAUCCACCAUUAGGGCAGUAGUCAACAUCUUCUUGGUGGCCAAAGCCUUGCUCUCCUACCCCCUGCCAUUCUUUGCAGCUGUGGAAGUCCUGGAGCGAUCCCUCUUCCAGGAUGGAAACAGGGCGUUCUUCCCCAACUGCUACGGGGGUGACGGGCGGCUCAAGUCCUGGGGACUCACCCUCAGAUGUGCCCUGGUAGUCUUCACCCUGCUCAUGGCCAUCUAUGUCCCGCAUUUUGCCCUCCUGAUGGGUCUUACCGGGAGCCUCACAGGUGCAGGGCUCUGCUUCCUGCUCCCCAGUCUUUUCCACCUCAAACUCUUGUGGAGGAAGCUCUUGUGGCACCAUGUCUUCUUCGACGUCGCCAUUUUCGUUAUAGGUGGUAUCUGCAGCGUCUCGGGGUUCAUCCACUCUUUGGAAGGCCUCAUAGAGGCCUUCAGAACCAAUGCGGAAGACUAA